UUGCACAGAGUUGUUCAGUGCAGUUAGAUGGGAGUUGAACAGUGGACGAGGACAGAACAAAGGGGAGGGACGGUCUGAGCUGAUGGACUCGGAGAUGAGAUAGCGUCCAUAACCUACUCCACCUCCUCCUCCUCCAUCCUUCCCCGGACUCGGACGGACGCAGCUUCUUUUUCUUUCCGGAUGAUGUAACGAAACUGUUUUAUGACAGACUCCAAGUGUUUUCAUUUAAUCAUCAGGACACGGUGAUUAUCCGACGAUCAGCCGCAUCCUCUGCUUUUUUUUUUUUUUUUUUUUUUUUUUCCAGGUUUCGGUGAGGGCGCACGGCGCAGAGCUCAACCGGCUGUUCCCCGGCGAUGGUGAGCGGUGGUGCAGUCAUGUGGCAGAGGAUUCAGAUUUGCUGCGCACUGUUUGCACUGCAUUCAGCGGCACCGCCUGCACACAUCAACCGCCUGGCGCUGUUCCCUGACAAAAGCGCCUGGUGCGAAGCCAAGAACAUCACGCAGAUAGUCGGGCACACGGGAUGUCAGCCUCGCUCUAUUCAAAACAGAGCUUGUCUGGGCCAGUGCUUCAGCUACAGCGUCCCCAACACGUUCCCGCAGUCGACCGAGUCUCUGGUGCACUGUGACUCCUGCAUGCCUGCCCAGACGCAGUGGGAAGUGGUGACUCUGGACUGUCCGGGCAGCGACGACUCUCCUCGGGUGGACAAGCUGGUGGAGAGGAUCUUCCACUGCAGCUGCCAGUCGUGCAGUAAGGAAGGCGCCCAGGACGGGGCGGUGAUGCAGCUGUACCCAGCAGACAACGUCCUGGACGCAGCUCCGUCUUUAUCCGACACCCUGAGCGGCGCCCAGACCCACCCGCUGCCCCACUCGGACACUGACAAACCCGCUCAGCCGCUCACGGACCACCACACGCUGCCUCACACGUCAGACGGAGGCUAGAGCCGCCGUCCGCCUCGCCGUCUCUGUGACUCUGCUCGUCUCUGCCGCCCUCUCUUCCUCUGUACCAGUGUGUAGUAUUGUAAAGGCACUUUGAAGACUUCACAAAUGUUUCUCUAAGGGCACACACACACACAUAUCAGAAUACACUCUAUUGUAUAUAAGCUCAAACACACACCAGCCUUUGCACUCUCUUGUUUGCUGAUCAACACGUGUGCGUCCAGACGUGACUAUAGUCUGUUGAUAAGCUGUAGUCUUUUAAUCUGCUUUGAAUGCAAUAAAUCCUGUUGUUGUGGUA